AUGUUAAUUUCAACUUAUAGAAGAAGUCAUUGGUUUAGUACUUUUAUUUAUUACAAGAUUCUUUUAAUAUUUCUUCCCCUGCACGUUUGUGGAGAAAUUUAUUCAAACUGACUUGAAGCAAUGUGAUUUACUUAAAGGAUUGUGAAACAAUUUUUGAAGUAAAGAAGAUAUAUGAAAUGUUUCUUCAUUUUGAAAGAAGGAAACAGAUGGAUAUAUACUUUAAAUUGCGUGUAGAUUACGGAAAACAAAGGACUUAUCACAAUGAAGGCAUUGAUUCUGGUUGGAGGGUUUGGAACUAGGUUGAGGCCAUUGACACUCAGUGUCCCUAAGCCUCUUGUUGAUUUUGCUAACAAACCCAUGAUUUUGCAUCAGAUAGAGGCUCUUAAGGCCACUGGAGUUACUGAAGUGGUACUGGCCAUCAAUUACCAACCAGAGGUUAUGUUGAAUUUCUUGAAGGAUUUUGAAGCAAAGCUAGGCAUUAAGAUUAGUUGUUCACAAGAAACUGAACCACUAGGAACUGCAGGUCCCCUGGCUCUUGCUAGGGAUAAGCUGAUAGAUGAAUCUGGAGAGCCAUUUUUUGUUCUCAACAGUGAUGUUAUCAGUGAGUACCCACUUAAAGAAAUGAUUGAAUUCCACAAAUCCCAUGGAGGGGAGGCUUCCAUAAUGGUUACAAAGGUUGACGAGCCAUCAAAAUAUGGUGUUGUUGUAACAGAGGAGACCACGGGACAGGUUGAGAAAUUUGUUGAAAAACCUAAGUUGUUUGUUGGUAACAAAAUCAAUGCUGGAAUUUACCUAUUGAACCCAUCUGUUUUGGAUCGAAUUGAACUGAGGCCCACCUCUAUCGAAAAAGAAAUUUUUCCAAAGAUUGCUGCAGAGAAAAAGCUAUAUGCAAUGGUCCUUCCUGGAUUCUGGAUGGACAUCGGACAACCGAGGGACUAUAUUACUGGCUUGAGGCUUUACCUGGACUCAUUGAGGAAGAAGUCUUCUUCUAAGCUGGCCAUUGGCUCUAACAUUGUGGGGAAUGUCAUUGUUGAUGAAACAGCCAAAAUUGGCGAGGGAUGUCUCAUUGGACCUGAUGUCGCCAUCGGUCCCGGCUGCAUUGUUGAGUCUGGUGUGAGGCUCUCACGCUGCACAGUAAUGCGAGGAGUCCGGAUUAAGAAACAUGCUUGCAUUUCCAGCAGUAUCAUUGGGUGGCAUUCCACCGUUGGUCAAUGGGCUCGAGUGGAGAAUAUGACUAUCCUUGGAGAAGAUGUUCAUGUUUGUGAUGAGAUUUACAGCAAUGGAGGUGUUGUUUUGCCCCACAAGGAGAUUAAGACAAAUAUUCUGAAACCCGAAAUUGUCAUGUGAGGUCAAUGUUUCCUCGGCAUGUGGUAUGGAGGUAGCAACUAGUAACUUAUUGAGUCUGAAAUAUGUUUGUUCUGUUCACUUCAUUUUUUCUUCAUCCCAUUGCUUUUCUUUCUCCUUGUAGUGUACAAGUCAGUUUUUGGAUUAGAAUGAGUGAUGCCAUUACAAUGUUGAAAGGUCAUAAUCGUUGUAAAGGGCAUAAGUUUGAUCUUCUGUGCAAUAGUUGUGUAAUUUAAAGUUAUGUAUAGAAAUAAAUUAUCAAUUGUAGUUGUUUCUCUCAA